AUGGACGUCACGCCGCCUGCUGUAGGCACUAUGGGUCCGCCAAUGCAUAGCAGCCCCGAAACGGAUCUCCACGCUCACAUGAGCAAUGGUGUGCCAGUGGAGGGACACCAGAAUCAAUCGGGAGGGCUGGCCGCUGGACUCAGCGCUGCUGCUGCAACAUCUGCGCAGCAACCCAAGGUUGUCCAAACGGCUUUCAUCCAUAAACUAUACAGCAUGCUGGAGGACUCUGGCAUUCAGAACUUGAUAUCAUGGUCCACCAAUAAUGAGAGUUUUGUAAUGUCUCCGACGGCAGACUUCGCGAAAGUCCUGUCGCAAUAUUUCAAACAUACGAAUAUUUCCUCAUUCGUACGGCAACUCAACAUGUACGGUUUCCAUAAAGUAAGCGAUGUCUUCCAUACGGGUUCACCAGAUGCGACUCUGUGGGAAUUCAAGCAUGGCAACGGCAGCUUUAGGAAGGGAGACUUGGCCGGGCUACGCGAAAUCAAGAGAAGGGCUUCGAGGCAUGCGAUCAUUCACCGGGACUCUUACUCAGCUCCGAACCACCAUAAAGCUUCCAUAUCUCAUCCAGGGACUCCUACGGAGGCGUUAAUGGAUCCAACCGAAGCAAGACUGUCCCACCUUGACCAAUUGAUCUACGACAUCCAAGCUCGGCUCAUACGAUCCGAGGAGAACAACAUUGCGCUCAGUGCAAAGUGUCAUACCCUGAACGACAGCCUGGUCAGAUCUCAUCAGUGGAGUCUCGAUUUGACGCAUAUGGUGUCUUCUGUUGUUACAGACCCUGAUCAUCCUGUCAGGCGCGAUGCUGCAACGAUGGAAAGGGACAUUGCACGCCAAUUGGACUUGAUUCGCAAUUAUGAAGAUCCCCACGAAUCGCUCCUUUCAGGUCGGCAACCUUACUUCUCAAACAUGGCACUCCAGGAACCCGUCUCACCACGCGCUGCCCCUGUUGACGAACGACGCUCUUCCCUCCACGCUAUACCUCCACGAUCCUCGACUUUGCGACCGCAACCGCCACCUGCCAAUGCUUCAAUGCCACAGCGUCGCUAUGGUUCCAUAGGCACUGCUAACCCCUUGCCAAAUUACCACCGCCCAUUCCAGCCUCAGACCCAGAUACCGCCAGCUCUCCCUCAACAUCCCCUUGCAAAUGUUUCAGAACCUGGUCCAAAUCUUGGGAGAAGGCACACUUCCGCAGACAUUCGUGUGCCGGGAUGGCCUGGUCACGCGCAAAGCUCCCCGAAUGCUUCAGGGCAAUCCUCCGGUCAUUGGCCCUCUUCACCCACUCAACAAGCUCAUAACCCUGAUCAGAAUGUCCACGACCAGCUUGCUUCCUAUGAAUUCGGCCGCCCUAGACAGAGCAUUAGCUCUUAUCACGACACACCUCCUUUGACCAGUAAUGAGACCACGCCUUCCACUUUGAGCGUUGAAAGCAAUUGGUCUUGGAAUACUGGUUCCAAAUUUGCCCCGCGCAUCAUGGAUUCGGCGCCAAACACAAGAAGAAGUAGCAUGGCCAGCAACGUGCAUUCACUUCUAAACCCAGCAGAGACUGCAGAGAGAGAAGAUGAGGAUCCACUUUAUGACGAAAGGAAAAGGAAACGAAUCGUUUGA